AAGCUUGUCCGCAUUGGGGAAGCGAAGCUUCGUUCUUUCUUUCUUUACCGUGAUGAUCAUGCCUUGAUGGCCAUCGCAAUUGCCUAUUGCCCACAAAAUUCUACCAAUCACCGACCAUCAAGAAUCAUUCAGCACACCUUGGAGGAGAGAUCAAACGAAGUCUAUCCCUUCACUACUGCUAUCAUUUCUGUUUUUAAAAACUAUCAACCAUGAGGAGCGACGAUGAGAUACCCCCAUGCCGCCAGUACCAAGGCGAAGCUCCCGAAUGCGUGGGAACCUGCCAUCACUUGGUCCGGUCCGAACUCAAGGACCAAACUCCCCAUGACAUUUGCGGCGAGUUGCGUGCGUACUGUGAGUCUCAAGCCCUGUCUGACUUUUGCGAGUUGCACGGAGUCCAGGGAACCAGCUUUUCGCGGAAUCCCCAUCUUCGCCGUCGACGAUGGCUGCCACAGAGCAAACUGUAUCGUCACUUUUGGGCGGCCUAUCACGAGAAUCCCGAUCUGAACAUUGCCUUGGGAUUCCACGGUACCGGCGAUGCCAAUGUCCCCAAGAUCUUGCAUUACGGACUGGACCCACAGUACCGAAGGACGCAAGCCUUUGGCAAGGGCGAGUACUUUAGCAAGGAACCUGGCCUGGCGUCGACCUACCGACACGAAGGACAUUGUUUGAUUGUCUUUGCUCUGCUCAUGCCCAAGGACCACGAGAAGGUGUACAGUCAAAAGGACCGUGACAUUAUCGUCAUUCCAGAGCUCUAUCAUCAAUUGCCACUUGGCGUCAUUCGCUUCGCGUCACUGGACGAAGCCGCCAUUGAACACUCGCAGUCCAUGCGCUUGUCCCAACGGGCGCUCAAGACGGCUGCGUUGGAUGCCGAAGCCAGAGUCACCGAAGUACAGUGCAAGGACAAGAUGGAACCGUUGCUGCAACAAGGACAGUACGCGGAGGCUGCGCAGACCUUGCGUCAAGCCACACGUUGCCACAAGCUGUCGCCGGAAAUGACAGACGAGGUCGUCGAGAUGCUUCACAAGUACAUUCCAGACCCCAAUGCAAGGCAGACCUGGUUCCCUCGGUUGGCAGCGGUUGAGGAGCCGCCAAAGUCUCACAAGGGCAGCAGCAAGACCUUGAAGCAACUCCAAGAAGACGCCGAGCAGGCAUGGAGAAAGUUCUGGGCCACCAAGAUGGAUCCCCGUCGAAACAUACUACGCAAGCUUAAUGAUCCAGCAACAGAUCUGUUCAAGGGCGACCACAUCCAAAGGGAUGCCGCACCCCCAUGUCAGGAGGUCCAACAUCGGGCCGCUGGAACCGCGGUACUGAUGGAUCAGUAAGUUGUUCACCGCGCAAUAUGUAUUCCCUCUUUGUCGCCGCUCCUGUGAAGCGUACACGUCAAAUGUAAUUGAAUCCAAUCCUGCCGUUCCUCAACUCCCAAAGCUAAAUCUAAUAGAUGUUAUGAUGUUGCCUGUCAG